AAAAAAACAUUUUUAAUUUAUUUUCUAAUGCCGUCGCGAACACUCCCGUCGCCGGCACCGGUAAAUUCACCGUUCUCUUCCUCCGUUACACCUCACCAUGAAAGAAGCACCACCACACGCAUCAUCAUCAUCUCUCCACUUACAGUCGUUGGUUUCUCUUUCUUCGUAACCCUCUCCCUCUGUUUCUGCAAAUUCAACCGUAAAAAACGCCGAUCUCCCGCCGCCGUGACCUCUUCCUCUUCUCCGCCGCAGAAACCUCCGUUACAAGAGUUCUCUUACUCGUCUCUCCGUAAAGCCACCGACUUUUUCUCACCGGAGAAUCGGCUAGGUCAAGGCGGGUUCGGCUCUGUUUUCCGUGGAACUCUGUCUCCGUCCUCCGGUGGUAAUGUAGCCGUUAAAGUGAUGGACUCAGGUUCACUCCAAGGAGAAAGAGAGUUUCAGAACGAGCUUUUCUUCUCCGGUAAGAUUGAUUCACCUCAUGUAGUUUCCGUUAUUGGCUUCUCCAAAGAUCGAAGACGACGCCGUUUGAUUCUUGUCUACGAGCUUAUGGACAAUGGGAAUCUCCAAGAUGCUCUUCUUCAUCGUAGAUCACCUGAACUUAUGGUAUGGAAACAAAGGUUUCUUGUUGCGGUUGAUAUAGCUAAAGGGCUUGAACAUUUACAUGGUUUGUGUCCUGCUGUGAUUCAUGGUGAUUUAAAACCUAGUAAUGUGUUGUUGGAUCGUUUCUUCUCUGCUAAGAUCUCUGAUUUUGGUUUAGCUAGGUUGAAAUCAGAACAAGUUGAAGUUGUAGUUGCAUCUGAGAGUGAUGAUGUUAAGUUAGAAGUAGAGGACUGUGGAUCUGUAGUUGAGGAAGUUGAGAGUGUGGUUACUAAUAAUACUGGCUAUGAUGAAUCUAACUUUGGAUUUACUGAUCAGUCUCCGGUUAGUGUUUAUAAGGUUCCGCUUUCAUCUCCUGAGACAGGACAUGUACCUAUGACUUCGCCUGAGACGGCUGUUUCUGUUUCGCCGGAGAUGGUGGAGAAAGUUGUUGGCUUGGAGGUUGGUAAUGUGGGGAAGAGUAAAGAUUGGUGGUGGAAGCAAGAAGGGAAUGUUGGAAGAGGGAAAGGGAAGGAUUAUGUGAUGCAAUGGAUUGGUUCUGAGGUGAAGAAAGAGAGACCGAGUAGUGAUUGGAUUGCUGAGAGGGCGGAAGCAGCUAAAAAGAUUGAGAAGAAGAAGAGUAGCAAGAGAUUAGAAUGGUGGCUUUCGUUGGAUGAAGAGAAGGAGAAGGAGAAGAAGAAGAAGAAGCGGAUGGUGAGAGAGUGGUGGAAGGACGAGUAUCGGAAAGAACUAGCUAAGAAAAUGAAGAAGAAGAAGAAGAAGAAAACUUUGGAAUCUGAGUUUUAUAGUGAUGAUAUGAGUGGAAGUGUGGAUCAAAGGCGGCAUGGGGAUGAAGAGUUGUAUAGGAAGAAAAGAAGAGGUAGUAGUAGUAGCAUAGGAAGUAGCAUAGACUGGUGGUUAGAUGGGCUUAGUGGUGAACAAUGGAGAGCGCGGCGCAGAAACAGUCAAGAUUCAGUUAAGAGCUGUGGAGUCAGUAGCACGCCGAGCAUGAGAGGAACUAUGUGCUACGUUGCCCCUGAGUGUUGCGGUAAUAACGUAGAUGAUGUGUCUGAAAAAUGUGAUGUGUAUAGCUACGGAGUUUUGCUGUUAGUCCUGGUUUCAGGGCGGCGUCCGCUGGAAGUAACUGGACCAGCGUCUGAGAUCAUGCAGCGUGCGAAUCUCAUGUCGUGGGCGAGGAAGCUGGCGAGAAGAGGGAGACUUGGUGAUCUAGUAGACAUAAAGUUGCAGUCUUUAGACCAAGAACAAGCGAUUCUGUGCAUUAAGGUGGCUCUGCAGUGUCUGCAAAGAUCCCCGGUUUCACGACCUUCCAUGAAAGAGGUUUUAGAGAUGCUUACAGGAGCGAUGAGCCCGCCUGAGUUGCCAACAGAGUUCUCACCAUCACCGCAGUCUCGAAUCCCGUUCAAGACACGAAGGAAGCAGAAUAGAUAGAGAAGUGUUUUUUUCAUGUGGUAGAUGUGUUUGCUGGAUGGUUUAGAGCACUUGUCCUACAACACUGUCUUUGAUACUAGUGAUGUUUAGUUUUCGAGCAACUUGAUUAGUUCGCACAAACGCUGUUUUUAGCUUGGGAAAUCUAAUUAUAACUAAUUUAUGUAGUCUA